AUGAAGAAGGUGAUUGCAAAUAUCACAAUUGGUAAUUCAGAAAUGGCAUUGGUGUUUACAGAAGUUCUCAAACUGUUCCCAAUAGAUGACUUUGAGCUCAAAAAGAUGUGCUAUCAUUAUUUGAACACUUAUGCAUUGGUUAAACCAGAUUUAGCGCUAGAAGCACUUCCAUAUAUUCUUGCAGAUUUAAAAUCUAAUUCUCCAGUUUUAAUAGCAUUGGCUUUGAGAAAUUUGGUAUCUGUACCUAUAAAAGAGUUCAUUAGAGAAUCUGUUAGACCUUUAGCAUUAUACUUGGAAAAUGAAGAUCCAUAUUUGAGAAAAACUGCUGCAUAUUCCAUCGCAAGACUAAAUGAAAAAGAUCCAAAAAUAGUACAGAAAGAAGACUUUAUUGCACAAUUAAACCAUACUUUAGGUGAUAAUAAUCCAGCUGUUAUUGCUUCGGCUCUGACUGCAUUACAUGAUAUAACGGAGAGAUCAGAUGAUUUGAAACUAACAAUUAAUAGAGAUCAUGCAGUUAAUUUGGUGGAAUUACUACCCAGAUGUGAUGAAUGGGAUCAAGCAUCAAUUUUGAAUACCGUACUUAAUUUUGUUCCGGAGAAACACGAAGAUGCUUUCUUGCUUAUAGAUAAAACAAUUGCUCAACUACAACAUGCCAAUUCAGCAGUGGUGCUGAAUGCUUUCAAGUUACUUCUUUAUUUAUUAAAUUUUGUUGAUUUUAUAGAGGACCAUAUUCCAAAGAAAUUAGCAAGCUCACUUACAUCAUUAUUAUCUAAACCUCCUGAAAUUCAAUUUUUGAUUUUAAGAAAUGUCAUUUUGUUGAUUUUAAGUAAACCAACACUCAUACCAUUUGAUGUCACUGCUUUUUUCUGUGAGUAUAAUGACCCAAUCUAUGUCAAAGAUACAAAACUUGAAAUUAUUUAUCUUUUAGCUAAUGAACACAAUUUGGAUGUUGUUCUUCGAGAAUUAGAAGAAUAUGGUACUGAAGUUGAUAUUCAGAUGUCUAGAAAGGCUAUCAGAGCUAUUGGAAAUCUUGCGGUCAAAUUAGAAUCUGCAGCUAAACCAUGUAUUAAAGUAUUGCUAAACUUAUUAUCAAAUGGUAUUGAUUAUGUUGUUCAAGAAGCUGUUAUUGUUUUCAAAAACAUAUUAAGAAGAUAUGAUCAAUAUGAUUAUAUCGUUCCUGAAAUUUUGGAACAAGUUGACCAUGUUGAAGAACCAGAAGCAAGAUCAGCUUUGAUAUGGAUUGCUGGUCAAUAUUGUGACAAAAUAACAAAUCCAGAAACUCUAAUUGCUGACCUAACAUUUACUUUUAGGGAAGAUCCUCUGGAGGUUCAACUUUCAUCAUUGACAGCAUGUGUUAAGCUAUUCUUGAGAAAGCCUCAAAGUAGUGAGAAACACGUAUUGAAAAUUCUUAAAUGGGCCACAGAAGAAGUUAAUAAUCCUGAUGUUAGAGAUCGUGGAUUCUUUUAUUGGAGGUUACUUUCAAUUCAAGAUAAGUAUCCUGGUAGUGCAAAAGAUGUCAUAGAUAGUGAAAUUCCUUUAAUAUCUGGUGAGAAUGAAAAGCUGGAUCCAUUAAUCUUGGAAGAGUUAGAACUGAAUAUUGGUACUCUAGCUUCAAUUUAUCUAAAACCAGUUGGUCAGGUGUUCAGACUUGCAAAGAGAAAAUUUUUACCAGAUAGUCCAGCAAGAUCCAGAGAAGCUUCAAGAAGCUCGUCAAGAAAUAGAGUCAACACGGUAUCUAGCACAAGAAGUAUAGCAAGCUCUGAAAACCAAUUACCAGGUCAUACAGAAAGACAUAUUGACGAUUUCGAUGUUCCAGCUGUUAAUGUCAAUCAACCAAAGAAACAAGGAAAUUUAAAUCGUCAUAUGAGCAUUGCGAGAAAGUCGUCGGGUCUCUUAUCAAGAAAGCUUUCAAUAAGAGGAGCGUUCCAUUGA